AGCGCUUGGCUUUCGCGGCCCCGCGGCUUCCAGGCGCGGGCGGGUGGGCCCGGCGGCGGGGACGGUAUGGCGCAGCUGGAGGGCUACUAUUUCUCAGCCGCCUUGAGCUGCACGUUUUUAGUGUCUUGCCUGCUUUUCUCCGCCUUCAGCCGGGCGCUGCGAGAGCCCUACAUGGACGAGAUCUUCCACCUGCCUCAGGCGCAGCGCUACUGCGAGGGCCACUUCUCCCUGUCGCAGUGGGAUCCUAUGAUUACUACCUUACCUGGCUUGUACCUGGUGUCAGUUGGAGUGAUUAAACCUGCCAGCUGGAUCCUCGGAUGGUCUGAACAUGUCGUCUGCUCCAUUGGAAUGCUCAGAUUUGUUAAUCUCCUCUUCAGUGUUGGCAACUUCUAUUUACUAUAUUUGCUUUUCAGAAAAAUGCAACCCAGAAACAAGGCUGCCUCGAGUAUUCAGAGAAUUUUGUCAACAUUAACACUAGCAGUAUUUCCGACACUCUAUUUUUUUAACUUCCUUUAUUAUACUGAAGCAGGAUCCGUGUUCUUUACUCUUUUUGCCUAUUUGAUGUGUCUUUAUGGAAACCAUAAAACGUCAGCCUUGCUUGGAUUCUGUGGCUUCAUGUUUCGUCAGACAAAUAUCAUCUGGGCUGCCUUCUGUGCAGGGCACAUCAUCGCACAGAGGUUAGCUGAAGCUUGGAAAACGGAGCUGCAGAAGAAGAAGGAAGAAAGGCUUCUCCCUGUUAAAGGACCAUUUUUAGAAUUCAGAAAAGUUCUUCAUUUCCUCUUGCUGUAUUGCAUGUCCUUUAAGAAUCUGAGCAUGCUUUUCUUUUUGACUUGGCCCUACAUUCUUCUGCUGUUUGGAUUUUGUGCUUUUGUAGUUAUUAAUGGUGGAAUUGUUGUUGGUGACCGGAGUAGUCAUGAAGCCUGUCUUCAUUUUCCUCAAUUAUUCUACUUUUUCUCAUUCACUGUCUUUUUUUCCUUCCCUCACUUACUAUCGCCUACCAAAAUUAAGGCUUUUCUUUGCUUAGUUUGGAAACGUAGAGUUCAAUUUUCUAUGAUUACUUUAGUCUUAAUAUUUUUGGUUUGGAAAUUUACUUAUGUUCAUAAGUACUUACUAGCAGACAAUAGACAUUACACAUUCUAUGUGUGGAAAAGAGUUUUUCAAAGAUAUGAGAUUGUGAAAUAUUUGUUAGUUCCAGCCUACAUAUUUUCUGGUUGGACUAUAGCUGACUCUUUGAAAUCAAAAUCAAUUUUUUGGAAUUUAGUGUUUUUCAUAUGCUUGGUUGCAUCUACAGUUCCUCAGAAACUACUAGAAUUCCGUUAUUUCAUUUUACCUUAUGUUAUUUACAGGCUUAACAUACCUCUGCCACCCAUAUCCAGACUUGUUUGUGAACUCGGUUGCUAUACAUUUGUUAAUAUUCUAACUUUUUAUAUCUUUCUGAACAAGACUUUUCAGUGGCCAAAUAGUCAGGACAUUCAAAGAUUUAUGUGGUAGUGUCAAGCUGUUUCCAUAAUGAGUAACUGAAUAAGUAAGAAUUAUGGGAUUUGUUUUAGGCAAAUCCAAGAGAGUUAAAUGUAAUGAACUGAGAAAGUUUAGGACCUGCCUCAGAAUCCUGAAUAAUGAGGAAAUAAAAUCUGGCGCACAGUUAUCUCAUGCUAUCUCUGAUAGUGCUAGCUACUUAGAAACCUUGGAAUUUUUUUUAUAUUUGCAACUUCAGAGAGCUGAGUAUGCAUCUUAGCACUGGACUGAUUCCUCUAGAAAAGAAAAGUAUUGAGAGCAUAUUUACAAGUGAUCCAGCAGAAUUUCUAAUUGGAUAGUUGCUGGAUGUUUUAGUAAAUAUAAUUUCAAUUUUGAAUUAGAACAGAUUGACAGAGUGAAUUACAAACCAUGGGUUCAAAAAAUAUUUAUCUAGGAAUCAGGUUGUUUUUGUUUAUUAUAUGAAUGGUAAAGCUGUUUCAACUAAUUCCUAAGAUAAAUUAUAUAAAGGCCAAAGAUAAAUUGUGUUGAUUAUAAUAUCUUUUAGAAACUUUUCUUUCGGAAAUAAAUUGCUAUACUAAUUAUUUAGCAAUGCUGAACUAACAUUACUUCAAAUUUGAUGGCAUAAAAAAAUGCUUGCAACUUACAGAGAAUAGAAUCUGAAAUUGAAUUCUUGCAGAAUUGGUUCAUUCCAAAGACUGAGAGAAUAGCAUUCUCAUAUUACUCCUCUUUUCUAGUGGCUCUCUAGGUUCCUUAUUUUUGUACACAUCACUUCGGUCUGCCUCUGCCUUCACAGGGCCUUCUAUACUGACUCCACACAACAGGACAGUACUGUUAGAUUUAGGACCCACUCUAAUUCAGGAACGCUUAACCUGGAGACUCUUAAUUAUAUCUACAAAAAUUCCUUCUCCAAGUAAGGUCACAUUCAUAAGGGUCUGGAUAGACAUCAUUUUGUGGGACAUAAAAACAAUGACUUCUGAGGUGAUAAAUGUAAAUAAAAUUGGCAUUUGACUCUGUUGCCAAAAAAAAAAAGAAGAAGAAAAGGUGAGAAAGUACUUGAUCUGAGUUGUCAGGUUUUUAGGUUUUGGUUCUGUGUUCAUUAUUUUCAGUGUAUUCAUUAUUUUUACCAUUCCAUUUUAUUUAUUUUCAUCAUGUUAACUUUGAUAUGUAAAUUAAAAUUUUAAAUAGAA